UAUUUGUAUGUCUUAUACACUUGGAUAUAGCCAUACUCUUUACCACACAUCACAUUUGAUGUAUGGUUCAAUGUUUAACUUCUGUGUCUGUUUUUCUGCAAAGAAUGUAUUAAGUGCCAUAUAAUUUGUGUCGCUCACCAGGUAUCAAUGGAGUUAUGAAGAAAUAAUUUAUACUUUAUCCAUGAUGUUCAAUAAAACAAGUUAUUUAAGUUGCCAAAGAGUUUAUGCUCAUCUAAGUCACAAAUGAGAUAAUGCUGCAUGAUUCAUCCAUACUCAAGGCUCACACUGUGAAUUUAUUACUUUUUUAUUGUGUUUCCCUUUUUUAAUGGACACUACAAAAACAACAACAAAUAAAUAUUGAACAGUUCUCUUUUGUACUCCUGAUUUCCUGUUUUAUGUUAUUGGUGUGAAAAUGAUUUCUCCUGUAUGGAAAUAUUCGUAGCGUACAUGUACAAUGUAUCGUCAUAUUUUGACAACAUUUGAAUAAGAAAGUAAGUCAGAAAAGCAAAAAUAACCUGCAAAAGAAGAAAUUUAAGAAAAUUUCACAAAAAGUCUUUUUCAUAUUUUUAAAGGAUACAGUUCCUUCACGGGAAGAAAAAGCCCUGCUGUUUCAGGCAGGUGUUGGUGAGAAGAAAUUGACCAUCAUCAAAACAUACAAUGCAGAUUUGUUUAAACAAAAGCUAGAGGAGGCAUUUCCACCCAUUAUCAAUUGUGGUGGAUUUGAAUUACUAAGAACUUGUGGGAACUCCAAAUACACGUUGCAGCCAUUGCCAAUUCCCCCAGGAGAGUAUACCACAAAAUAUGUUUGUGAUGAAAGUUCUCUAGGACAGGCAGUUUGCUACAUCAGGCCAAUACAGAAAGACCUUGAUAUAAAUCUAUGCUCCUCACAAGUAUAAUUGAAAUAAGGAUAUUGAUUUCUUUGAUUGCCUCUUAUAAGGUUUAGCUUUUGUUUUAUUUCAGUUAUUUCUAGAUACUGUAUCACAGUAAGAUAAUACUCAUGUGCUCAAAGCUCCGAACUUUAGAAAUGUUUAUUGUGUCACUAUUUUUGGUUUAAACAGCUCAAAGUAGCAUUGCAUUUUUAUAAACACCAUAGUCUUCGUUUUUACUCAGCAUCCUAUAUGGAAAUUAUUAUCAUCUUUUAAAGCAGAGAGUCUAAGUGACAUGUAUGUAAUUUUUCAAAUCUGCAUAAAUUUGUUAGCACUAUUUAGGAAAGAAUAAUUAUCGAAGUUGCAUAGUAAGUGUAUGCAUGUAUAAAUGUAUUAAGAAUUUUGAAACAGGUUGAUACUGAUGAUCAAAAAACAGAGAAGUGUUUGAGGUGUGGCAAAAGUAUUCCUCUUCAACGUCUUCGCCUCCAUAUUGAUGCUUGUUGGACUGAUGAGGUAGAUGCACCCAGUGCAAAGAUGAGCCAGGGACAGAUUCCAGUCUGCAAAUUUGCAUGUCAGUACAGAGCUGUGUCCUAUAUGCCAUGAUGAGUUCCCUGUCAGCACCAUAGAAGAGCAUGCUGCAAGUUGUUGUGAGAACCAGCUGUCUAAUCCCACCCAUGCUAGGACUCGUGAUGCAGUAUUGGAUGCCAUAGCAGCAAAGGUUGGAGACAGUAAUGAAAACUGGCUAAUCAAUGUUGUGAGGAGAAAUUUCUUUAAAACAACAUUUGAAGAACUAUCGGAUGCUUUGACAAUUGACUGGGAAAAACCUAUAAAAAUUCCAUUUAUAGGAGAAGAAGGCUUAGAUGCAGGUGGCUUAACCAGGGAGUUUUUCAGCUUGUUGUUUAGGAACAAUGACCUUUUUGAAAAUGGAUCAUUCAGAUUAGAUUCAGGCCUACUUGAAAAGAAGACCUAUGAAACAAUGGGAAGAGCUACUGCACGUGCCAUCCUCGCAGGACACCCAGGCCCAAAAUGUUUUAAUCCAUUGCUGGCCAGGUUCAUUUAUACUGGUGAAGAACCAGAUCUAGCAGAUAUACCAGAUGAAUAUGUUGGAAGGCCUGAUGUGUUAGCAGCCAUACAAGAGAUCUCAACAGACAGUACGGGAUCUGGAGACCUUGUUCAAAGACAUGGUGAUCUGCUGGAGCAGGCGGGCUUUAGAAAAGUUUUGUCAUCAUCAACUACCAGUGAAGCUGUACAUGCUCUGAAACGGCACUUCACCUUUUAUCAUGUGAUUGGACCACUUCUUCAAUUCAGACAAGGUUUGAAACUUCUUGGUGUUCAAACUGCCAUCCAGGGACAUGCUGAGGAGAGUAUAAAGUUCUUUACCACAUCUCCAGUUAGUGCGUCGGAUGUACAAAGUUUCUUCAAACCGACUUACACACCAGAUAGCGAAUUGAAGCCAAGGGAAGAAAUGAUCAUGUAUAACUUUGGGAAAUUCUUAAAGAAAGCGGAACGCGGAACACUGUCCACACCAUGGAUUGAUAUUUACGAUGGAGUUGAGACACAGGUGGUGAUUAACACUGGACAUGUUCUUCAGGCUCUCAUAGGAUGUGAAACACUUCCACGAAAUAUAGAAUGUGGAUUGGUUGAAUUUAGCCACACAUCAAAUAAUUUAACAACUGUCAACACAUGUGCACCUUCAAUUAUGUUCUCACAGACUGCUCGUAUUCAGGAGUACGAGACUUUUGAAAAGCACUUUUUGAGCCUUAUUGUUGAUGCUGUUGGUUUUGGAAUUGCGUAAUGUUGUAUGACCAAAGUAAAGAGAUCUUUAAAGAAUAGAACAAAGUUCAUUUGCUAGCCAUGUUUUUACCAUACUAUGUCAUUUUGCCAAAGAUGGCUAGAUUUGAACAGAUUUUGUAAAAAUGUUCCUUAGAUUACCACCCCAAGAUUGCUCAAAUGAUUUGGGUUAAAAAAAACAACAGUCUUCAUUGGGAUGGCCCCAUUUUUAUGCUUUUUAAAGGAGGGCAGCAUAUAGUCGCCGCUUUGUACCUUUGCAUGUCUGUCUGCCCGUCUGUCAUACCCUUUUCGAGUAAAUAACUUCGAAACUAGGUAUGGGAUUAAAAUGAAACUUGAUAAAUAGGUAGAUGACAAUGUGAGUAAGUGCACUGCACAAGAAUCAUGCAAAUUUAUAAAGUUGGUGCUUGUUGAGGCCAUAUCUUGAUAUGUACUAAAGGGAUUCAAAUGAAACUUGGUAUAGAUGGCAAUGACAGGAAGUGCAGUGCACAAGAAUAUUAAUUUUGCCCAGCAUGUAUAUUUAUUUAUCCCUUUAACAAUUGCUGUUCUUUUAUUUCAUUGCUUGAAAUAUACUUUAAAAUUAAAUUCUCAAACCUGCCAAUAUUUUUGCAUGUUAUUAUUUUUUUUCAACUUGUGUAUAAUGCUGCUACAACAAUUCAUCUGAUACCCAGUGCAUUGUAUUACAAUGUGUGCCGUAUCAUAGAACAGUUUGGGAGGCAUCCAUCGCUUUUAGCGAUACUCUUGUUUAUUAUAUGUAAACUGUAGAAAUUAUUUCCAUGUAGACUGGACCACAUCUUUUAUACAUUCGAAGAUGCUUUACCUAGCUGAGAAAUAAUCAAGAAAUAGAUUGCAAUGAUCUAUCUAUAGCAUUAUUUUGAAUAUGUGGCAAAUUGUUUAUUGUGAGUGCCUCAGUUUUCUAGAGACAGUUGUUGUUAAGAUGAUGUUUUCUCUUGUAUCUAUACCAAGUUGUAAUCAAAGACCUUUCAUGGCAUAUUUUAAAAACAAAUCAAUCAUCAAUAUGGCACAUGUAGAACUGCCAUUUUAUAAAUUAUACAUUUAGAACAAAAACUGAUUUUUCAAAUUACCACUGAGAGGUCAAUAUUUUACCAUAUGGACUGUAAUUUGUGUGACAGCCAUGAAUUUUCACUAAUAAAGACAUCAUUUUUGGACUUCACCUAUGACCUUUAAGUAAGGUCAAUACAAUUAAAAUUGAGGUUUACUUUUUUGCCUAAUCCCUUUGUAAACAUAUUUUAAGAAUUAUUCUAGAAUGAAUAAGGCUAACAGAGUAUUUUUCUGCUCUCAUGGAGCAAUAUGAAACAGUUCUUUCAGAUUGCAUUGUUCUAUGAUAUAUUAAAUCUUGUAUUUCAUAAAAACAAUAUUUGUAUAAAUACAUCCUUAUCCUGUAUUUAUAUGUUAUUACAAUCUAUGUUUUCUUGAACAAUGAUGCAACUAAAUGAUAUCAUGGGUCAUGUAAUACAGAACUGUUAUGCACAAUAUACAUUUUAUACAUAAUGCAGAAAACAAAUCUUAUCCGAGACAUUAUGGAUAUGGAUUAGGCUUCUCUCAGCCGUGCUCUUGUUCAUGAAACAUCAUUGUCAGCAAGUGCACUACACAAUUUACUUUUAAUAUAAAAAACAACACAUACAUGUACUUAUUGUUUUUAUAACUACAUACAAAACAUUGCAUAUAG